AUUGUGUGGAGUGACUUCCUAUACUCCGUCGGUUUACAGAUUGAACGAUAUGCGUACACACACAACCAAUGUACAUCAUUGAGAAGAGAGGUGUGUCGAUCAAACUCCUCAGAAUUAUGUGUUGCCUGGUACUUGAAUUCAUAUUUCAUCAUUGUAUUGCUUUCCAUCUACUGCAGAGAUUAACACUUUCUGCUCCUCUCGACAGUAACUGAUUCAUGAAGAAUCAACCCGGAUAUUUAGAGUGCAUUUGCUACCCAAAAUCCAAGUGGGGACUUCUCGUAUUUUUGGAUUUACUCCUUGACUGACUCGUUCGACGAUUUACUCCGGGCAGCGUCGGGAGUGGUUCCGCAUAGCAAAUCAAAGCCCAUCGGUGGUGGUGGUGGCAUUUCAACGCAAAUCGGUCGGCCUAGUAGUAUUACAUAUACACUCAGAAGUCUCUUAUUAAGAUGGGGGUGCUGUGGAGGAUAUGCAUAUCAAUGGCCUUGUUUGUUGUGUUGGAUCUCUGUACAGCUCAAAAUGCAACUGUAUGCAACAUGGCUUCCAGUUGUAUGGAGUGCAUCUCCGUUGGUCCAGCAUGUGCAUGGUGUACAGACAGGGAGUUUAGCAGUUCGUCAUGUGACCUGGCCUCCACAUUGGAAUCACUGAACUGCACAGAUGUACAGAAUCCAGAGAACAAUUUUAACGUUACCAAGAACGAAAGCUUAAGCAAUACGGGGGAGGUGGCCGUGGGACAAGCAGUACAGGUUCAGCCACAGGAGAUACAUAUGAAAAUCCGCAAGGGUGAUACUGAAAGAGUCAGGAUGCAUGUGAAGCAAGCAGAAGACUAUCCGGUAGAUUUAUAUUUUCUUCUUGAUUUGACUGGUUCUAUGGGGACCUAUCUCGGUGGUCUACAAACUGCAGCAAAUAAUAUAGUGGCCAAAAUGAAUGAGUUGACAAGUGAUUUUCGUGUUGGAUAUGGCUCAUUUAUCGACAAGGGUGUCAUUCCAUUCGCUAAUCAGUUCCCAAAUGGGACCAUCAAUGUGAAUGAACGAUGCGAAUCAGAAGCGUGUGAUGCUCCUUACCUCUUUAGAAAUAGACUGACCCUGACAGAUGAUAGUACAUUAUUUGAGGGAGCUCUGGGCAGUACCAUAUUGUCAGGCAGUCAGGAUUCACCGGAGGCUGGGUUCGAUGGAUUGCUCCAAGUCGCUACUUGUCAGGAUAUAAUCGGAUGGAGGGAGAAUGCUCACAAUCUGGUGGUUUACAUGUCUGAUGCUAUGUACCAUACAGCGGGCGAUGGACGGAUGGGUGGUAUUGUCAAACCCAAUGAUGGUCUAUGUCACGUUGAUCCAAGUACUGGUUUAUACACCAUAGAUGAAUCCCAGGAUUACCCUUCUCUAGGACAAGUAUCAAGUCUUAUCAAGGAAAAGGAUAUCUCAGUUUUGUUUGCAAUCGCAGUUCUUUCUGAAAGAUACAGAAACCUUCUGCCAUAUUUUCCAGGAUCAGAAGUAAGAGAGCUUUCAGCAAACUCUGAACGGCUGGUGAAUGCAGUAGAAGAGUUUUACAACUCUAUCAGGAGCCAAGUAUCGCUAUCUAUCCAAGCCCCUGAGGAGAUUGUUCUUGAUGUCACCGCAAACUGCAGCCCCCGCAGACAAACUGGCCCAAGCACCUGCUCUGCAUUGCAAGUUGGAGAUGAAGUGUAUUUUGAUAUUGACGUUACAGCUGAAAGCUGCAUUGAAGGGGGCUCCACAAGUAUAUCCAUCAGUCCCGUUGGUUUCCAUGAGGAGCUGCGUAUAAAUGUUGAGGUCAUCUGUGAAUGUGCCUGUCAGGAGCAGGGGAUUCCCAACAGUCCUGAGUGCAAUAACAAUGGAACGGAUCAGUGUGGAACAUGCGUUUGUAAUGCAGGUCGCUAUGGUGACGAAUGCCAGUGCAGUGGCGAGAGCUCAACUGCAGGAAAUGAACGGCUUGCCUGUGUAGCACCUGGUUCUUCGGCUGUCUGCUCCGGUCGUGGUGAAUGUAUCUGUGGGGAUUGUGUUUGCAACAAACAGGAUGACCCUACUCAUGUUGUGUCUGGGGAGUUUUGCCAAUGUGACAAUUUCACUUGUCCACUCUUUGAAGGACAACUGUGUGGAGGACCUACAAGGGGACGGUGUGAAUGUGAUAGUAAGACCCAACAAAGCAAAUGUCAUUGCAAAGCCCAAUAUGAGGGAGAUUCAUGUAACUGUCUCAAGUCCCAAGAAGCAUGUAUUGCCCCCAACGGACUGAUAUGUAAUUCUCAUGGUACCUGUUCAUGUGGGGCUUGUAGAUGUGAAAUAAAUUCACCCUUUAAAGGACCAACAUGUUCUGACUGUGCUACCUGUGCAGGACAGUGUGAGGUAUAUCAGGAAUGUGUCCAGUGCAAGGCUUUUGACAGCGGCCCUCUGACAGAAGAAGAGUGUAAUAUGUGUACUGUUGAAGUCAGGAAAGUUGAUAGUUUCCCUGAUGUGGAUUACCCGUACAACUGUUCAGUGACUCAUACUGACAACUGUUCCAUAGUCUUUAUACCUCACUUUGUAAAUGGAGAAGAUUCAGUCCCGGUCAUCUACGUCUUGGCAGAAACGAUUUGUCCUCCAGGACCCUAUUCUCCCGGAGUGGAUGCGAGAUGGGUAGCAGUUGGUCUGGCCAUUGCCAUUGUUCUUAUUGGUAUAAUCCUCAUCAUCAUAUACAAGUGUUACAUCACUUGGUUAGAUAGGAAAGAGUACAAGGAGUGGGAGAGGGAAAAAGCCAAUGCACAAUUCAAUCAGAACGAGAAUCCACUGUAUAAACCAGCGAGCACAGUCCACAAAAACCCUGCGUUUGGUACAACGUUCUCGGACAAUGAAGACUCGCCAGCCUUGCCAGAUUUUUCAUAACAUAUUUCUGUACUAUUUGUGGGGUGUGAUUCAGUUUACUAGGUGCCUCUACAGUGUGGUGUUUGGUGCAGUAAAAGCAGAGCGAAUAUCUGGUAUACUAGGAUGGCUUUGGGAGUGACUUUCUGCAGUGGUUCUAGGUGGGGGUUGAAGGGGUACUCACCACCUUUCUGUUUUGAGACUUAUUUUCCUGUAUUCUCAAAGAUGGUUUCAAUUGUACCAUGGUACAUAACCACGGACUGUGCUGAUUUUGUGUUUUCAAUUAUGCUUAUACCAUUGCGCUCAUUGAGAAAAGGCCAAUUAUAGUUGGCAAAUUGCCUAUUAUGAUUGCAUGGAGUGUGAUAAUAUGACAAAUUAGAAUUUGGUACAAUUGAAAACACCUUUGUCAAUUUAGGCCAUUGAAUUUAAUUGUUAAUAUAGCCAAAUCUAAGAACAUUAAUAUCAGUACCCCUCUGUUUUCAAAUUCUCACUUUGUGCCCCCUUUAACUUGAGAUCCUGGGUCCGCCACAGACUUUUCUGUGAAUAUUAACCCAAAGCCUACAGGAUCUUGUCAGUCCCUAUAUAAUGCCAUGGGAAUUUGGAAAUUCACCUGCUUUUAUAUUUCUAGAUAUACACAGGUGGAAGUUGAAUGUAAAAGUUAUGUGUCUUAGAAAGAGCAAUACUUUUUUUGAAGCUUGAUAUCAGCCAGGCCUUGAAUUUUAAAAUUCAGAGGGCAUAGCCACUUUUCUAUAUGGCACAUUUUUAUAUUGUUGUACAAAUGGAAAUAUAUGAAAAAUGGGCAUGAAUAAUCUAUAAGGCCAAUGAGAGGGGGACAGGGCCAGUCUGUAUGGUAUCCUUUGAUGGUCUUAGAUUUAUAUGAGCCCUUUUAUAUUUCUGUUUCUGUUUAUGGUAACUCCCGUAGGAACUCGGCAGGACAGCAUUUUUGCUGGUAAACGCCAAGCUGGUAUAUAACCAAUUACCUAGGAAACAUUUUACGUCUAGAUUAAUCAGUCAUAGUGGCUGACCUUAUAGACGACAUAUAUAACUCUCAGGCCUUUUUAUCAAAGUAGAGACAAUGGCAGAGUAGGGAUUCGAACUCACAACCUUGCGAUUAUGAGUCCAAUGCUCUAACCACUGGACCACACAACCCGUGUCAUCAUGUCAUCAGCUUUGCAGACAUGUUGGAGAAAAAACUAAAAAACGGUGCAUCAAACCGCGAUUUCAUGAUUUGAUGGUGAUUUUCUUACCCGAUUGCUAAGAAAGCAACCAGAGAAUCUUGAAGUCCUCUCAGAAGGGACCUUGUAAUGAGAAUUUAAAUGCCUUACCAAAGGGCACUAGCACACCAAGUGGGAAUCGAACCCGGGUCACCUGAAUCUGAAAUCCCCACUCUACUGAUAUCGCACCAUAAAUCAUUGUUUAGUUGGUUUAAUGCACAGGUCUCCUAUUGUUAUGCCCUCCACAGAGAUGUCAUCUGAAACUAGUCUAUGAUAUAUGUAACUUGAAGAAUAUCAGGAAAGCAUCCCGCUAGUAUUGCCUGUUUUUGGUAAUUUUAACUCAACAUUUAUUUGAAAUACUACACUAAUGUUUGAUUGCUUCAUGUGAUAUUUUACUCAAGUUACAUCUGUGUUCUUGAAAUGUGGGAAUGUUUUCUUACUUUGAAAGAUAAUGUAUAUAGAUACCAUAUGUUGAGUGUGUGAAAGAGGGAGAGAUAGAAAGAGAGAGAGAGGAGAGAGAACGAGGGAAAGAAAUGAUAUUGAUAUUAUGAGUACUUUUUUUAAAAUGUGUCUACAUGUAUGUUGUAGUCUUAACAAGAUGGCCAAAAUUCACAAAAAGGUGUUUAAUCCUCGCUUAGGUGUCUAGAUUCUACACUGCAAUAAUUGUACUGCAAACAGGCUUGAAGUUAAACUUGAGUAGCGUACCUAAAUUUACUUUGUGAAACAGGCCAGAUUUACAUUUUCAAGUCUAAACCUGUCAUUGUACUAUUCUUUGUAAUUUUCCUGGGAAUUGGAAAUCUACAUUACAUAUAUACUUUUUCUUGAAAUGAGCUACGGGAAGUAGUGUUUUUUUUAUUACCAUGUUGCACUAAACUUAGUAUACUCUGCGACUCAUUUGCAUUGAUCAUUAUUAUAUGAACGGACAAUGUUCUAUAAACUAAUCCAUAGCUUUUUCACUUUAUAACUUGUACGUUAGAGCAUAAGAUAGGUGGUGUUAUUUUUCCAGUCAUGAAAGAUAUCUGAGGUGAUGAUUGUGGUUAUUCUCUCAAAGUUUUCUGCUUUCCAUGUGAUUUUUUAUGAAAAUGUAUAGUAUAUGGUUAGUUCCUGCGGCUGUAGGAUGAAUGAAAAAGAUUGUGGACUAAGAAAUUUUCUCACACAAUGUGAUCAGUCGUGACUACAUUAAUUCAUGAAAUAAUGAAUAAGAUACACAGAUUGAAACGUGAAUUAUUUGUAUAUGUAUGUUUAAUUCUGUAUGUCACAAUGAAAAAUAAAAUGUGUGUUUGGCUUUAGAAGUACACUUACCAAUCUUCCUGUUUACAUGAGGCCAGCUAGCUUCGAGAGAAGUUAAUUUUGUCUUUAAUACACUGCAGUUUAAAAUUUGUUGCAUUCAUUUAUAAAAAGAAAGGAAAUCCAAUUGAAAUUUCAGAUUGGCAUUUAUGUUACCUUUUCCAUUUGUUCAUUAUGAAGGCAGUCAUAGUUCUCUUUCUAGACUUGAGAGAAAUGUAAAUUUUCUUGGACACAAUAAUGAUAGAUAUGCAUGUAUUAAAUUCAGGAAUACUAGUCUUGUGUGAAUUUUAUCAAGAAUAAAAUGUGCCUUAUUUUUAUGAUUUUCUUACUAUAUACCAACAUAGAAUUUUAUUUUAAAAAUUAAAACUCAUGGAUAUAUUUGGUCGAUGGAUGGAAAUGUACUUUUGAUGUGUGUGUGUUAUAGCACAUUUUAGUUGAGAGUUGCAUUUUGCUUCCAUGAAGAGAUGCAUUCAUGGAAACGAAAAUAUGUAGGACAAUUAAGAGAUGAUGGACUAAGAGAAAAGGCAAAGUUUUAAACUUUAUAACGAUUUAUUCGUUGAAAAUUCCUUUUUUUUAGUUCUUUGUAAUCACUGUGAGUCAGUGACUUCUAGAUGUCAAAUAAUUCUGACAUUUAUGAGGUACAACGAGAAUAAUCUUUUUAUGAACAAAGGCUUAAAACCAGAUUUCUUUUUUUAUACAAAGUGUUAUGUUUACAUGUAACCCAAUGGAUAAUUUGUAUACCUUGUUUUGUGAAAUGGUUUAGUAAUCUAUAUAAAAUCAGGAUCCACUUUCAAAGACCUUGUUUGUCAGUAGUAAUUAGUUACAAACCACUGUAAUAAGUUACUGAAAUGCUGCCAAUUAGAUUGGCUAUUAGCAAUUUUGUCAUAGAAUCCUAGGAUUUGACAUAGAUCACAAGUUUUAUGAAACAGUGCCCCAGUAAAAGCAUGAAACCCAAGUUUUAAGUGGCUUCGGUCGACUCUUCAAGAAGCCUGUAGCCAGCAUUGGAUUUGAUAUUUGAUUAACGUUUAUUGGAUGUUAUUUGUGUCUGGAGAUAUACAUCAAUAUGUUUUUAUACACAGUGUACCAUAAUAUAAUUUUAUAAUCAUGUAAUUAUUUACUACUAUGUAUCAUACUGUGUUUGAUAGGAUGUAUAUAUUCUGAAGCAACUUCUCAUGUAUCUUUUUUUCAAAAAAAUAUAGAAAUAAAUCCUAAUUACUACAUCCA